CAAGCUACUAAUAACCCAAAAUUUUUCGUUGAGACUCAGGACGGCCAUCGUAAACAAAGCUUCCUUUCAAUUAGAUGGUUUCUUCUUAUCCAGCUUUGAAUUAUAAAGUAAUCGCAAAAUGCUCAACAACGCGUGCUAGAGCAAGCAUUCUUGAGUUGCCGCAUGGUCCUGUCGAAGGACCUGUUUUUAUGCCCGUAGGAACUCAGGCCUCUUUAAAAGGUGUUCUACCAGAACAGUUGGACAGAAUGGGCUGUCAAAUAAUGUUGAACAAUACUUACCAUUUGGGGCUAAAGCCAGGAAAAGAGGUUUUACAUAGCCUUGGAGGAGCCCACAAAUUGCAGUCGUGGAAAAGAAACUUAUUAACUGACAGUGGUGGAUUUCAAAUGGUUUCAUUGUUGAAGCUUGCUACCAUCACUGAAGAGGGAGUAACCUUUUUAUCUCCUAGGGAUGGAACACCAAUGCUGUUAACCCCAGAGCACUCUAUGGAGCUCCAAAAUACAAUUGGGUCUGACAUUAUGAUGCAGUUGGACGAUGUAGUUCAUACCUUGACUGAAGAUACCCGAAUGGAAGAAGCUAUGUAUCGAUCGAUACGGUGGUUGGAUCGAUGUAUAGAGGCACACAAAAAUACAGAUACUCAAAAUCUUUUUUGUAUUAUUCAGGGAGGAUUGAAUAAGAAGCUACGAGAGAUUUGUUGUAAGGAAAUGAUGAAAAGGGAUACCCCAGGAAUCGCAGUUGGCGGGUUAUCGGGAGGAGAGGAAAAGACAACUUUUUGUGAAGUUGUCCACACAUGUACUGGUAUACUUCCUGAAAACAAGCCUAGAUACCUUAUGGGUGUCGGGUAUGCUGAAGAUCUAGUGGUUUGUGUUGCUUUAGGUAUGGACAUGUUUGAUUGUGUCUAUCCUACGAGAACAGCAAGGUUCGGGAAUGCAUUAACGAGAAAUGGCAUCCUGAAUCUUCGAAACCAAAGAUUCAAAACAGACAUGAGUUCUUUGGAAGAAGGAUGCCUAUGUCCUUGUUGCGUCCCAAAGGAAAAAGGUGGAUGGGGAAUUACCCGAGCUUUUCUGAACUCAUUGGUAUCAAAGGAAACCGUUGGUGCUCACCUCGUAACAAUACAUAAUACUCAUUUUCAAUUGCAACUUAUGCGUGACAUGAGGUCUAGCAUUAUAAAGGACUGCUUCCCUCAGUUUGUCAAGACAUUUUUUUCUAUGUGGCAUAAUGGAGAUCGUUCUUCUUAUCCCGAAUGGGCUGUAAAUGCGUUACGUUUGGUGAAUAUUGAUCUCUUAGAGGACUAAGAGGAAAAAAUUAAGUUUUUAAAAGCUAUGUGGGCUUUAGUAGCUUUCUCAAAACGAUAGUUAGGUUUGUUUUUUUUAGACUGCCAACUUGAUAGGAAUAAUAUAAAAAGAACUUAAUUAGAUUCAUCGUGAUUAAUAUUACUUGUUUCCUGCUCUAUAAAUCAUUAUACCAAUAAUAAAUAACUUUGCAAAUCGAAUAUAAU